GCCGUAUGCGUGAGAGAGGGUGGUGCUGGGAAUUGAACCGACAGGUGGACAGGGGUCGGGAACACUGGCCGAAAUGGGCCUGUUCACGUGAUCAUGCCGGACCUUUGUCCACAGAAAGCUUCUAGAAGAAAUCCAGCUCGAAGCCGCGGUGUAGUAGAGCGCCCCUUUGCCGUUACACAGUCUGUGAGGUUCUUGAGACGACGCAUGUCCGCGCCCAAAUACACGUUGCAUCGCCCACCGAAACAUAUGAUGCACGUGUGUGCUGAGACCGCCAGUCUGAAGAGGAGCGACGUUGUAUACACCCCGCCAUAAACCCGAGAGUCGAGUCGAUCACGGUUCAACGUCAGAUCCUCCGUCACGGCGUCCGACGGGCGACAGGUCACGGUGAAGAUGGAGGCCCAGGAUGGAGAUGAGCUGGACCCGCUGUGGCAGGAUCUCGAUUGGGCGAUGGGCCAGCUCUUCUUUAUGGGGUGGGAGGGGACGGAGGUCACGCCUCAGAUACGCACCCUGAUUGAGGAUCACCAUUUAGGGGCUAUUUUGUUGACUACCAAGAACUUGAAAACUGCCCAGGAUACAGCCAGACUGGUCCAAGAGCUGCAAACGAUCGCCCAUCAAGCCGGUCAUCCCGUGCCACUUCUCAUUGCUGUGGAUCAAGAAAAUGGCGGUGUCAACAGUCUCUUUGAUGAGGACUAUAUCUGUCAAUUUCCCAGUGCCAUGGGAACUGCAGCAACUGGGUCUCUGGAACUGGCCUAUGAAGUUGCGAAUGCUACCGCAAAGGAGGUCUCCGCAGUUGGAGUCAACAUGAUCAUGGGACCAGUUCUGGAUGUGUUGACAAAUGCUCGAUAUCAACCAUUGGGAGUAAGAGCAACUGGAGAUGAUCCUCAAGAGGUAUCACAAUAUGGAAUUGCGGCUAUGAAUGGGUACAAGGAUGCUGGGCUUACGACUUGCGGGAAGCAUUUCCCUUCAUAUGGCAACUUGGACUUCUUGGGAUCCUCUCUGGAUAUGCCAAUUAUCACUGAAACCAUUGAACAGCUGAGUUUGAGUGCUCUUGUUCCGUUUCGAAAUGCUAUCCGAGACGGCCUGGAUGCUAUGAUGGUUGGCGGAUGUGCUAUGGCCAAUGCGAGUAUGAAUGUCAUGCAUGCUUGCCUCAGCGACCAAGUCGUGGAUGAGCUGCUGAGAAAUGAUCUUGGCUUCAACGGAGUUACUAUCUCAGAAUGUCUCGAAAUGGACGCCUUGAGCCAUGACAUUGGUGUUCGAGGCGGCACAGUGAUGGCAGUUGAAGCUGGAUGUGAUCUCGUACUUCUCUGUCGGUCAUUUGCAGUCCAGCAAGAAGCCAUCUCUGGAUUGAAGCUUGGAGUUGAGAACGAUAUGAUCUCAAGAGACCGGAUCAUGAUCUCUCUCAAGCGUGUACUUCAACUGAAGUCGAAAUGCACGAAUUGGCACGAAGCUUUGAAACCACCAGGAAUCAGUCUACUUUCCACAAUCCACCCAAGCCAUCUUGCGCUCUCAACAAGAGCGUAUGACAGUUCUAUCACGAUUAUGAGGGACAAAGGACAUCUUCUUCCGCUUUCCAACACCCUAUACCCAGACGACGAAUUGCUACUUCUCACACCACUCGUGAAACCAUUGCCAGCUUCUGCAGCGACAAAGACUCUCGCCGAAACUGCGAGGUCUGUGUCAACAGAUCACGACAAAUGGCUGCACAGAUCAUCGAUAAUGAGUGGGGAGGGUGUUUUCAGAGAGCUUGGAAGAUCACUUGCAAGGCAACGGCAUGGCAAAUUGCUGCAUACCUCUUACACAGCCAAUGGAGUGCGUCCAGUACACGAGAACUUAAUCAAUAGAGCAGCAGCAAUCAUCAUCAUCACCGCAGAUGCAAACAGAAAUCUGUACCAAAAUGGAUUCACGAAGCAUGUGGCAAUGAUGUGCUCCAUGCUCAGCGCAGGUGGAAAGAAGAAGUCUCUCAUCGUCGUAUCAGUCAGUUCCCCUUACGAUUUCGCAAUGGACAAGUCGAUAGGGACAUACGUCUGCACUUUCGAUUUCACGGAAACAGCAAUGAGCGCAUUAGUGCGAGCCCUGUUUGGCGAGUUCGUUCCUCAAGGAACAUUGCCAGGUACACUGAGAAAGAGCAGAAAAGUACAAAAGUCAAGACAACACUGGCUAGUCGAGUCCUGGAACCGGGACCGCGAUCACAGAGGACUGCAAGCCCUGAUAAAAACCAUCGAGAAGACUUCACCACCAGGGACGCAAUCCGGACUCUCUGGCGCUUCAGCUGCUUCCUUCGAGCUCGUCGGAAUCCCCGACCUUGCUGAACCAAUCGAAGAAGCCCACUACGUAGUCCGCAACUCCAGCACACAAGCCCUCUUCGGCUUCUGCGCAACCUACACAUACCCCGCGCGCUCGCUCGCCCUAAUCUCUGCCCUCUUCGUCGACCCCUCAAAACGCAACCUAUCCAUCGGACACUCGCUCCACCAGCGCGCUGUCCGAGGCCUCCUAUCCCCAAACCCAAAAUAUCCCAACAUGAAAAUCACAGCCCUGCAACUCGGUUCUUCCCUGCCAAACAUUUUCCUGGGGAUUCCGAUGAGUGAUCUCACAGAAGGCGCAAGACUCAAAAGAUGGUUCGCAGCCAAUGGCUGGGACAUCUCGUCUCCUCGUCUCCUCUACACCCUAUCCAUCCGGAACUUAUCACAUUGGGCGCCACCAGAGGGCCUACUAGCCAAUAUCCAGCGGGUCUCAUUCGCAUUCGACCUUAUCCACGGCCGCGAGAACGCUGCUUCUGUCCUGGAACACGUAUCUACACACUCUGGUCCGGAAGUGUUAGCACUCUAUAAUCUCGCCCUCGCAGAUGAGAAGAGUUGCGGCGUUGUAAGGGCGAAAAGUCCUGUGGAUGGGAGUCUCGUCGGCACGGUCAUCAUCACGCGUCCGGAAUCCUCUUUAUCGACAUAUGUCCCCGUGCUGAAAUCUCUUUCUGCCACUUCCAACGGCUCCGGGGGGAGUGGUGGGAUAGGCGGUAUCUUAGCACCAGUUGUGCAGAAUACGCCGCAGGCUGCUAUUGUGCUUCAGGGUCUGGCACUACUGGGGAUCAGGCAGAAUAAGGCGCACAAGGCGGGUGCGUGUGUGCUUUGUUGGGUGGCGGGGGAGGAGAGAGAUACGUUGCUGGGUAUGGGCUUUGAUGUUCUUGAUGCUUUUGAGGAGUUGAGGGGGGCGGGUGAGCGGUUCAAUGAGAUGAACCUUGGCUAAAUGGAAAGGAAGGAAGGAAGGGUGGAUCCGGGACUCAGGCUGGCGUUUU